AUGGAUUUCAAUGCUGUCAAUGAGAGAAUUUGUGUGAUACGAAUAAGAGAAAAAUUUUUCAAUAUAACUUUGAUCAGUGUACAUGCACCAACCAAUGAAGCCGAUGAAAACGAUAAAGAUGCAUUCUAUGAUAAUUUAGAAGAAAUAUAUAGAAAAGUACCUGAUCAUGAUGCAAAAAUCGUCCUCGGUGACUUCAAUGCUAAAAUUGGUAGAGAAAUAUGUUUUAGACCAGUAAUAGGCAUACACAGCUUACAUGAAGAGAGUAAUGCCAAUGGACUUGGUGUGAUAGACUUUGCCAGUGGCAAAAAUAUGACAGUUAGUAGUACUUACUUCAAGCACAAGGACAUUCAUAAGAUGACUUGGUGCUCACCAGAUGGAGUAACACGAAACCAAAUCGACCACCUUUUAAUUGAUAAGAGGCAUGGCACUGACAUAUUGGAUGUGAGAAGUUACCGAGGUGCGGACUGUGAUACAGAUCACUAUCUUGUUAAAAUCAAAUACAGGCAAAGAAUAAAUAAUAUGAAGAAAUUUCGAGGAGUGAGCCAAAAGAAAUUCGACAGUGAGAAACUGAUAAAAGAUGAAGAACUACGAGAGAGGGACAGUCAAAAAUUGGUGGAAAAAAUAGAGAGAAUGCAAGGUGGAGAGAGUGUUUCAGUGGAGGAGCAGUGGAAGAAUAUUAAGCAAGUUGUUACAGAAUCUGCACAAGAAACAAUUGGGUACAAAAAACAGGACAAGAGAAAUGUAUGGAUGGAUGAUGAAUGUUUGAAAGCAUUGGAAUGUGGCCAGAAUGAGAAUGAUAAGUCGCAGAACAAGAGCUACUACAGUAACUUUCCAAGAGAAACGGAGAUAUGCCAGUAA